AUGGAUAUUAAGGUAUUGGUGCAAGAAGGAGCAGAAAUUGCACAACCCUUUUUAGAAAAUGUACUGCAAAAACCAGAGAAAACACCAGGGCAAAAGGCCAUAAGGAAGACAUUCAAAGGCACAGCGCAUUUAGCCAGGCUUCUCCCCACGGGUUCAGUCCUCACAUUCCAGAUUCUAUCUCCAAUCUUAACACAUGAAGGCCAAUGUCGCUCCGUUACGAGCCAAACUUUGACAUCAGGUCUUUUAGCCGUGUGUGGCCUAGCUUGCUUUCUCUUAUGCUUCACCGAUAGCUUCAGGGACGCAAGAGGCAAGGUCCGGUAUGGAAUGGUGACUUUCAAAGGCUUGUGGAUUAUUGAUGCAACGGUGGAACUUUCGCCGGAAGAGGCCGCUAAAUACAAGCUGAAGUUCAUUGAUGUCUUGCAUGCCUUCAUGUCUAUCUUGGUUUUUGCUGCAGUUUCAUUGUUUGACAAGAAUGUUGUCAAGUGCUUCUUUCCAGCGCCAACAGAUGAGGCGAAGGACCUUCUCAUUGUUGUGCCUGCUACCAUUGGCGUCCUCUGCAGCAUCUUGUUUCUUGCAUUCCCUAGCAAACGCCAUGGAAUUGGCUUCCCUCUGUCGCGUAAUUAG